AUGAAGCUCGGCUCCAGUCUUCAGUCGCUGCUGCUAGCGGCCACCCUCGGCUUCACCAAAGCCGAGAAGGUCGUGGCCGGCACCGACUUCUCCCCAUGUCCCUCAGCUUGCGACGGUACUGGUCCCAGUGACUGGGCAGUUUAUGGCUCUCUUGAAAGCCUUUCACGUUGCGAGAAGCCCAUGCUGUUUGACUUUGCGGUCCUCAACCCUCUGGACGACCCCGAGACAACAGCCAAGUUCAGAGCCUGUACUUCCGACGAGAAGACAACCUCUCGGCUUGCCCGUCGCGCCGAAGCUGAGCUUCCGCAUGAUGGAGACUCUUUGAGGGGCGCUCGCGGUGCCUGGUGGUCUUCCGAGAUUCGGGCUGCUGGCAAGGAGCAGCACGUUGUUGCUGGAAUCGAACACAUCGAGAACCAGCUUCAUCGUGAUGAAAAGGCCAAGAAGGACACCAUUUUCUUCAGCUAUUUCAAGGGCACUGUUGUCGGCUUCUAUCUCGGUGGUUUGGUCGACAAGACCAGAGCUGUGUCCUCCCUUCUAGAGGAGAUCAGCCAGCGUCCGCAAGCAACUGAUGCAUCCCGUGGUGUCAUUCAAGUCUGUGGCGGUAACCUCACUGCUGACUACACUGUCGGACUUGCCGUCUCCACUGAGAACGACCUCAUCUUCAUCCAGAAGACGGUCAAGUCGUGGGUCGAGGCCAAGUGUGUCACUACUGGCGAUGCCUCCGACGAGGAGAGCCUUGACCAUCUCAAGAUCAAGUUGACGCCCGCCAAAAAUGCCAGGAGUCUCCUCUCUCGACACACUCACUCCCAUGGCCACUCUCACUCGCACCUUCACUCUCACCACAACGCCCUGAUGUCACGAGCUACUUGCACCACCCGGAAGGUCAUCUCUGGAGAUUCCUGCGGCUCCCUUGCUACAAAGUGCGGCAUCAGCGGUGCCGACUUUACCAAGUACAACAGUUACGAUAAAGAGCUGUGCUCGAAACUUGUGGAGGGCCAAGUCGUCUGCUGUUCUUCGGGCUCUUUGCCUGAUCUGAGACCAAAGCCCAAGGCAGACGGCGAAUGCUUUUCUUAUACCACUCAGAAAGAUGACAGCUGCUCAAAAAUUGCUGCUGCCAACGGUCUCAAGGCGACGGACCUUGACGGGUUCAACAAGGAGACUUGGGGCUGGAAUGGAUGCAAGAAUCUCUUGAUCGGGCAAACCAUCUGUCUGAGCAAGGGAACACCCCCUCUCCCUGCACCUGUUUCCAACGCUCAGUGUGGACCGACUAAGAAAGGAACUAAGAAGCCCUCCGGAGAUAAGAAGCUGGCCGACCUGAAUCCGUGCCCUCUCAAUGUCUGCUGCAACAUCUGGGGUCAAUGUGGAACUACUAAGGACUACUGCACUAAGUCCAAGUCCGAAACGGGUAACCCAGGCACCGCCAAGCCAGGCGAAAACGGAUGCGUGUCCAACUGCGGCAUGGACAUUGUCAACAAUGGCAAAGCACCCUCCGAGUACAAGAAGAUCGCCUACUUUGAGUCCUGGAACCAAGACAGACCGUGCUUACACAUGGAUGUGCGCACAAUCACGUCCGCCUUCACGUCUGGUUGGACUCACGUUCACUUUGCCUUUGCCAACAUCACCAAGGACUACAAGGUCAAUGUUGAGGACACAUACGGGCAGUUUAAGAACUUCAAGGGCCUCAAGGGCGUUAAGCGCAUUGUUGCCUUUGGCGGGUGGUCCUUCUCUGUCGGCAUUCCCACUUAUGCCAUUCUACGUGAGGCUGUGAAGCCAGCCAAGCGAGAGGCCUUUUCCACUGAGAUUGUCAACUUUGUCAAUAACAACAAGCUUGAUGGUGUCGACUUCGAUUGGGAGUAUCCAGGUGCCCCAGAUCUCCCGGAUAUCCCAGCCGGAGGCGAGAAAGAGCCAGAUGACUACCUUGAGUUCUUGAAGCUGGUCAGGAAGAAGCUGGGCAAGGAGAAGUCUCUUUCUAUCGCAGCCCCAGCUUCCUUCUGGUACCUCAAGCAGUUUCCCAUUGGCGAAAUCUCAAAGAUCGUAGACUAUAUUGUCUACAUGACGUAUGAUCUUCACGGCCAAUGGGAUUUCGAGUCAUCAUGGGGAGCUGAGGGUUGUCCCAAGGGUAGCUGCCUUAGAUCGCAUGUCAACAUGACGGAGACCAUGAACUCACUGGCCAUGAUCACCAAGGCUGGCGUAGAGGCCCGACAAGUCGUGGUCGGAGUUUCUAGCUACGGACGAUCGUUCCAGAUGAGCAACGCCAACUGCAAGGGUCCCAUGUGCACUUUUACCGGAAACGGGGCGAAGAAGGGGAAGUGCACCGAUACUUCUGGCUACAUCUCAAAUGCCGAGAUCGAAACCAUCAAGGCUGAGAAAAAUGUCAACUCCUGGUGGGAUCAGACCACGGAUACUGACUACAUGAUUUAUGACAACACGGAAUGGGUCGCGUACAUGACCGAAACAACGAAGAACCGCAGGAUCUCCAAGUACAAGGGCCUUAACUUUGGUGGUACUUCAGACUGGGCCAUCGAUCUUCAACAAUUCUGGGCCGAUACCGAGAACAUCGAUGACACUCGAAGCAACUUUACCGAAGGAACAGACGGAACCUACGAGUGGUGUGACAAGGAGUACGACUCGGUUGAAGACAUUCCCGACUCGAGCCCCGGAAAGUGCAUUCCCUCGUACAUUUUGGGCGGCCUUAAGAAGGAACUUGCCACCGCCAUAACGGACUACAAGGAGGUGUCCAAAGGUUACGACGACAAGUUCAAGUGGUACGUCGACUGGGUCAAGGACGGCAUCGACCCUGCUCUGGAUAAGUUCAUGCAAAUUAUUGCCGGUGAAGGCAAUAAAUACAUGGACUGCGAGUGGUCCUCCCAGUUCAACGAAGGAUCCGGCUCCUGCACCAAGGUUUACCUCAAGGUCCCGCCGGGCAUGGGAGGCGGUCUUCGUGUGAUAAAGUACAAGAUGGUCGACGAAGAUGGCUUCUACAAGGCCCUUCUGGAGCACACGGGCAUCGAGAAGGACUGGAUCGAAUGGCGCGACUACUCUCAGCCUGAUCCUUGCCCCUGCGCAACAGGACCCCUCAAGGCUCGAGAUGCCAAGGAGGAGGUCAAGGCGGAAGCCAAGGCGGCGGCUUUCUGUCCCUGCCUCAACGAUGCGACCAUGUUCAAGAACUAUCCUCGUCGGAGAAGGGACACUGGCAAGAUCAACGUUCCCAACCCUAAGGAGAUGAUCGACGAGGCCGUUCCUAAGACGGAUGAGCUUGCUAAGCUUUUGGACGAUACGUACAGCAAGAGCAAGGACAGGAGUCUUGACGCGUCUGGUGACGAUGCCGCUACUGCUUUCAGUAUGCCUGUCUUCAUGCUGGAGGAUGCUAUUGAGUCUAUCAAGACGGUCAAGGAGAUCGGCGAGAAGCAGAAGGAGACUAAGACGAAGGAGCUGGUCAUGAACAUCCUGACUAUCGUCUUUGCUGUCAUCCCCUUUGUCGGUCAGGCAGCCUCCGCUCUCGGUGGUGCCGCGGUCAUUGCGCGUGCCGCUCUCAUCGUCGGUGAAGCUGGAAACGCGGCGCUCAGCAUCGUUGAGAUCGUCGAUGAUCCUCUCUCGGCGCCGUUUGCCAUUCUCGGUAUGCUCAUCGGCGCGGGUGGUAUCAAGACCAAGGGUCCUCGCAAGGCCUUCAAUGAUGCUGCUGAGGCUCGACGAGCUCUUGAUGCUGGCAAGCUCAAACUGUUUUCUCCCGCCUUUAGACGCAAGGACGAGGUAGUUCAGAACCUCUUGAAGAAGCAGGCCUGCAAGAUUGGAUAG